AUGCCGACUGGUUGCAGCGACGACUUGUUGCCGUGGGCGGAUUGCGCCGACGACAUGUUGAACACCAAACACCCGUACAUGUGUCACGCUGCGAUGAACGCAAUUUUGAACCAGAACGUCCCUGACAUUUCGGGCAGCACUCUGUACGUGACUCGAUUUCCAUGCGUCGAAUGCGUCAAGCUAAUCAUACAGGCGGGCAUCAAUUCCAUCUGUUAUUUGCGCGAUGACCACACGGACAUCGAGUCCGAGGCUGCGCGUUACAUGCUCGACAUGUGUAAAGUCAGUUACAAGUACGCUUGGGUGAUAUAA